AUGGUGGGAACCACAAACCCGUGGAAAUUGUCGACAGGUUUUGAGUCACUGCAGAGUUUCUCACGCUUGGAGUUUAACAUCUCGUAUUUCGAUGACCUCGAGAAGUUGACCGCUCUCCAGAACGGAACAGAGAUACUCAGAAAUGACGAAAGACAGAGCUUGAUGUAUGAGCUAUUGCAAAGCGACGAUGAAACGCCCAGUUGCAAGCCCCGAGCGGAGAAAACUGAGAGUGUUCUUGCUGGUGCAGAUGUACAGAUACUACGACAAGGGGAGGUUGAUGAUGCUUCGCUGAACAUGCCAGUGGCGAUGGUACACGAGUGGAGCUUUACCGAGAACUGUGCAAGGAGCACUUCGAAUAAUACAGGCCCUAAAAACUCUCUAGAUUUAUAUAAAUCCUUAAGAGAAAAGGUAGGAAGCAUCGCUUCAUUUUGA